CUCCGGCCCCGGUUGUGAGAGCGGGUUGUCGGGCAGCUGUCAAAGUGGGUGAGGGACAGAAAGCGGAACUAGCUUAACUAGCGAGCUAGCUGCAACUUUUGUGUUUAGCUAGGUUUACGACUCCGGAAAGGACACUACCCCAAGUUUUACGACAACUUACAACAACUUUCUACACAAUGCCGCAGAAUAUCGAGCUCGGUGCCGCAGGAGGAGCCUCCAAACAGGACAGCAGCAAGAUGGACGACAUGUCUGUGGAACAGAUUACCAUGAGGGCCAACCAAGUGACUGACGAGUCACUGGAAAGCACGCGGCGGAUGCUGCAGAUGGCCGAGGAGAGCAAAGUAACAGGUGCAAACACCAUGGUGAUGUUGGACCAGCAAGGAGAGCAGCUGAAGAAUGCAGAGAACGGCAUGGACCAGAUCAACCAGGAUAUGAAACUGGCUGAGAAAAACCUCACCGAUCUCUCCAAGUGCUGUGGGAUCUGUGUCUGCCCCUGUGACAGGGUGUCGACUAUUGAGCAUGACACGAAAUAUAAGAAAACCUGGGGAAUCAGAGGAGCAGAUGGAGAAAUUGACGACAGUGACUCGAAGGUGAUCUCCAGGCAGCCGCCGGGUGCUCGUAACGGUCAGGUCGGCCAGCAGAACGACUCAGGCCCGUACAUCAAGAGGAUAACCAACGAUGCCCGUGAGGACGAGAUGGAGGAGAAUCUCGGUGCGGUCGGCAGCAUCAUUGGCAACCUGAAGACUAUGGCUAUGGACAUGGGCUCCGAGAUCGACAAGCAAAACAUACAGAUCGACCGCAUCACCGACAAGGCGGACAUGAACAAGGUUCGCAUUGAUGAUGCAAACCAACGAGCCAACAAGCUCAUCAAAUAGACAAGGAACCACGCUUCUGCCAAUUUCAUCUAUCAACCUUGAGCCUGUGUCGCCCCGUACACACACACACACACACACACACACACACACACACACACACACACAUACUUGCACAUAUACACAAACAUAAAAUAGAAAUCCUCUCUGUGAGAAUGUUCAUGCCAGCAGAGUGCCUGCCUUUACUGCACUAAUAUGUCAAGAGAGAAUAAACAUUUAUACUAGUCUAUAAAUUGGCCACCACCUCGUAUCCUUAAACAUUUUGUAUUCAUAGUCUCCGUGCUGGAAUUGGGGAAGAAGUGCGGGCAUCUCAAACUGCAGCAAACAGCCUGAGACUGAGUGCCUGUCACGGCUGUUUGAUACCAAAUAUGGACCCGACCUGUAUCGUAUCACAACCCACUCACGGGGGGGGGGGGGGGCAGCGCAGGUCAAAUACUGGUCCUGCUUAUUCUAAUCCCCCUGUUUGCCUUCCUCUUGAGUCGAGAGCUAUGAACUUUGUCUGUGUAUCUGCCUCUCUUUAUGGACGAGGUAGAUCCAAGGUCUUUAAUUGUCUUUAAGUGAUAUACAGCACAACAUUAAUUUAUGUAUCAACCCCCCCCACCCUCCCUAUUGGUUUUACCCUGAUAGAGCUGCAUCCACUUUGAUCAUAAAACAUAAUUCUUGGUCUAAAACAAAUCAAUCAAACUCCUAUUGGUUCCCUGUCAAUUGUAUCGUGUGUAUUGUUCUGAGAUGCUUAUUUAAUUAUUCUUCAUCAAGCAGAAAUGACUUGUGAAUAAAGUUUUCCUUUUUUCCUCUUGUUUUUAAACACUUUGUUCCCAUGUUAUUUUUUUUUGCAAUUUCUUUCAAAGUUGUUUCAAAAACAAGAAAUAAAAAUUUGUGCUUUGGAGUCGCAGCAGAAACUCUGGGACUCAAAAGCACCCCCCCCUGAACGAGAGCAAUUAAAUGUUGAUGUUUUUUUUUUAAUUAAAUGUAUAGCAAUAACUGUUCCUUCAAAUGUGAAGGAGGGUCAGUUAACACCAGGAGGAAUGUUCCUCAUUUCCUCCUGUACAGCGUCUCUAGAUCAGUUUAUGACGUCCCCGGCUAUGGGGGGGAAACACCAGCGGUUUGAAAACACUUUGGAUCAACUGCUGUUCGUCACAUUUCGUGUCACUUGAGGUUUUUUUUUUUCCCGCCGUGACCUCAGUGUCGAUGUAAAUACUGAAACGCAGUGUAGCUGUUCAUUGAUAUCCUAUAGCCUCGCCGUUAAUCUAAUUCCAUUCUUUCUUCGUCACCUCCCAGUUAAUAGAGAUUUAUUGCACCCAGGAGGAGAUUUAACAGCCCACACGAGCCCCGGUUAUGAGUGUGUGUGAAAAUUAAUUUCCCCAAGUUUAAUAAUUGCCUGUAAAAGUAUGAAAACACAUGUUGAGUCUGGAAACACGCGGCCGUGCUUUGUCAUUCCUCAGAUCGGCUCACUGGCUCGUUGCCGUCCUGGCACAUGCAGCAGUUUUGUUGUAAUGAAAAUGACCUCGACUCUUUUUAUUAAAUUAAAAGAAAAUGAGUCUGGGAGAAUACUGGGAUUUCAAAAGUGUGAUGGUGGAUGGUUGUGUUCUAACAGCCUCGGUAUCACAAACCAUUCCUCCUGCUCUGCAAACAGCCAGUUUUCAGAGCCAGGCUCCAGUAAAGUGAUAAUAUUUGAUGAUGGAGGGCGUAAUUCUACUUGUCAGCGCUGCGGCCCGGCUCAGAAAUUACUGCUGGCAGCGAGACGCAAAAAUAUAUAUGCAAAUUAAUGUUGUUUAGUGUGGGGGGGUAAAUGCAGAAGUCCUGGCUGGCGAUGCUCAGACCUCGCUGUGGAAUAUUGGCUAAUGAUAAAGUAACGCUGAAAAUAUCUCAGGCAUCGCAAGGCUUUUUUAGUUUUUUGAGGAAAUGCUCAUUUGUAUGCUGUGCUGCAGGCGUCCACCUAUUGAGUUUGUGAAGAUUGAAAUGAGCUGUUAUUCAGGGCUUUGUGUUUCUGUAAGUGAUCCUCCUCGGCCUGUUACUUAUCAGCUGAGAUCUAAUUAGUAUAGCUUAAGGCUGCCUCCCUGUCUUGAGGCUGUUAAUUCAUUGUUUUACAGCCACUGGAAUGUAAAUACCACCGUUUUGUCCAUUUUGAAAUAUGUUCCAUAUGCAGCUCGUCUUAUCUGAAAUGAGCUCGGUGAAGGGGCGGCUGUUCAACAGAGUCAAAAUGCCUUUUUCUUUCAUGCCUGCACAUGUUUAAUUGUUUGUACACAAUAAAUCUGUUCCCAAAUGCA